AUGACCACCUAUCGGCCCAUCCCCAAUGAUGGUGUGGACCUGGCAGCCAGUUGUGGGGCCAGGGGGGCCGACCUCCUCCCCGGGCCACACACAGGGGACUAUGCUCCCAUGGGAUUCUGGGUCCAGAACGGAGGCAUGCCCCAGCCCAUUGGUGAGAGCCCAGUCAGUGGCACCACCCGCCCCAGUCCCACCACCCCUGCAGUGCCCAAGAUGGGGGUGCGCGCAAGAGUGGCCGACUGGCCGCCCAAGCGGGAGGCGCUGAGAGAGCAGAACAACCCAAGCCCCUCACAGGACGCAGACGGCGCGAAGGCCGCAAAGGUGGCCCAUUCCAUGAGGAGCAUACAGAACGGACAGCCCCCCGUCAGUACCGCGGCUUCCUCGGGGCCCAAAGCCUUCCACCGACUCUCCAGGAGAAGGUCCAAAGAUGUGGAAUUCCAGGACGGGUGGCCCCGGUCCCCUGGCAGGACCUUCCUCCCUCUGCGGCACCGCAGCAGCAGCGAGAUCACCCUCAGCGAGUGCGACGUGGAGGAAACGGGCGAGCCUCGGGGGCCCCGGCACACGGGGGCCCUGCCACUCUUCCGGGAGUACGGGAGCACGUCCUCCAUCGACGUGCAGGGCGUGCCCGAGCAGAGCUUCUUCGACAUUCUCAACGAGUUCCGCAGCGAGCAGCCCGAGGCCGCGGGCCCUCGGAACCUCCGCGCGCUGCUCCAGGCCGACCCCGGCCCCCACGUCCCGGGGGGCAGCGGCGGAGCCAAGGCGGAUCCCCGCAACGGCCAGCCCGCCAAGGACAGCCUCCUGGGGCUCCAGCUCGCCAAAGAGAAGGAGAAGGCCCGGAAGAAGCCGGCGCGCGGCCUGGGCGGCGGGGACGCCACGGACUCGUCCAUCUUCCGGAAGCUGAGGAGCGGGAAGGCGGACGGCGAGGCGGGCCGGGCACCGGGGGAGGCCGAGGAGGGCCGGAGCCCCCCGGAGGCCGGCCGCCCGUGGGUCUGCCAGAAGAGCUUCGCCCACUUCGACGUGCAGAGCAUGCUAUUCGACCUCAACGAGGCGGUUGCCAACAGGGUGGCCACGGCGCAGCGGCGCAACACCACCACGGGCGCCUCUGCCGCCUCCGCCACGGCGGCCCUCUCGGCGUCGCGGGCGCACGGCCUGGGCAGCCUGGACACCGCCUUCCCCAGCACGGAGGACCUGAACUGCAAGGAGAACCUAGAGCAGGACCUGGGCGACGACAACAGCAACGACCUGCUGCUCAGCUGCCCGCACUUCCGCAACGAGAUCGGCGGCGAGUGCGAGCGCAACGUGAGCUUCUCGCGGGCGGCCGUGGGCUCCCCGGGCGGCGGUGGCAGCGCUGACGGCCGCCCCGCCGAGCCCGCGCUCAGCGCCCACCGCACCAACGCCAGCAUCUCGGUGCUGGAGGUGCCCAAGGAGCAGCAGAGGACGCAGAGCCGCCCGCGGCAGUACAGCAUCGAGCACGUGGACCUGGGCGCCCGCUACUACCAGGACCACUUCGUGGGCAGAGAACAUGCCAAUUACUUUGGUGUGGACGAGAAGCUGGGGCCAGUGGCAGUGAGCAUCAAGCGGGAGAAGGUGGAGGACCACAAGGAUCACGGGCCGCAGUACCAGUACAGGAUCAUCUUCCGGACCCGUGAGCUCAUCACCCUGCGGGGCUCUAUCCUGGAGGAUGCCACCCCCACCGCCACGAAGCACGGGACAGGGCGGGGCCUACCCCUGAAGGACGCCCUGGAGUAUGUCAUCCCCGAGCUCAACAUCCACUGCCUACGGCUGGCUCUCAACACUCCCAAGGUGACCGAGCAGCUGCUGAAGCUCGACGAGCAAGGGCUGUGCCGGAAGCACAAAGUGGGCAUCCUCUACUGCAAGGCCGGCCAGAGCUCGGAGGAGGAGAUGUACAACAACGAGGAGGCCGGCCCCGCCUUCGAGGAGUUUCUCUCCCUGAUCGGGGAGAAGGUCUGCCUGAAGGGCUUCACCAAGUAUGCCGCCCAGCUGGAUGUCAAGACUGACUCCACGGGCACCCACUCCCUCUACACGACAUACCAGGACUACGAGAUCAUGUUCCACGUCUCCACCCUGCUCCCUUACACCCCGAACAACAGGCAGCAGUUACUAAGGAAGAGGCACAUAGGAAACGACAUUGUGACGAUCAUCUUCCAGGAGCCAGGGGCGCUGCCUUUCACCCCCAAGAACAUCCGCUCACACUUUCAGCAUGUCUUCAUCAUCGUCCGAGCCCACAACCCUUGCACUGAUAAUGUCUGCUACAGUAUGGCUGUGACCCGAUCCAAAGAUGCUCCUCCCUUUGGUCCCCCGGUCCCCAGUGGAACCACGUUCCGCAAGUCUGAUGUCUUCAGAGACUUCUUGCUGGCCAAGGUGAUUAAUGCCGAGAACGCCGCGCACAAGUCAGACAAAUUCCACACCAUGGCCACCAGGACCCGCCAGGAGUACCUCAAGGACCUGGCUGAAAACUGUGUCUCUAACACACCCAUUGACUCCACUGGCAAGUUCAACCUCAUCUCCCUGACCUCCAAGAAGAAAGAGAAGACAAAAGCGCGGGCAGGCGCCGAGCAGCAUAGCGCAGGGGCCAUCGCCUGGAGGGUGGCGGCUCAGGACUAUGCCCAGGGCGUGGAAAUCGACUGCAUCUUGGGGAUUUCCAACGAGUUUGUGGUGCUCUUGGACCUACGCACCAAGGAGGUGGUGUUCAACUGCUACUGCGGGGAUGUCAUUGGCUGGACCCCAGACUCCUCGACGCUCAAAAUCUUCUACGGGCGAGGGGACCACAUCUUCCUGCAGGCCACAGAGGGCUCUGUGGAGGACAUAAGGGAGAUUGUCCAGAGACUGAAGGUCAUGACCAAUGGCUGGGAGACGGUGGACAUGACCCUGCGGCGGAACGGGCUCGGGCAGCUGGGCUUCCACGUGAAGUACGACGGGACGGUGGCUGAGGUGGAGGACUAUGGGUUUGCCUGGCAAGCCGGCCUCCGGCAAGGCAGCCGACUGGUGGAGAUCUGCAAGGUAGCCGUGGUCACACUGACCCACGAUCAGAUGAUAGACCUUCUGCGCACCUCUGUCACCGUCAAGGUGGUCAUCAUCCCGCCUUUCGACGACGGCACGCCCCGGAGGGGGUGGCUGGAGACCUAUGACAUGAAUACCUCGGAGCCCAAGACGGAGCCAGAGAGCAUGCCCCCUGGGGGCCGGCCCCCCUACCGCAGCAACGCUCCCUGGCAGUGGAGCGGGCCUGCCUCCCACAACUCGCUACCAGCCUCCAAGUGGGCCAACCCCAGCACUCCCGGCCAUGCCCAGUCCCUGAGCCGGCCCCCGAAGCAGACCCCCGUGGUCCCCUUCCGGGAGCCCCAGCCCCUGCACAGCAAGAGGCCUGUCAGCUUCCCGGAAACCCCUUACACAGCAUCACCAGCAGGGGCCGACAAAGUCCCUCCCUACCGACAGCCUUCUGGGAGCUUCUCCACCCCCGGCUCGGCCACCUACACGAGAUACAAGCCAUCCCCAGAAAGGUAUGCAGCCGCCCCACACCCACUGCUGUCUUUUGAUCCCCACUUCAGCCACGAUGGGAUGUCCAGCGACUCCUCCUCGGGCGGCCUGACCAGCCAGGAGAGCACCAUGGAGCGUCAGAAGCCAGAGCCUUUGUGGCAUGUGCCCGCUCAGGCCCGGCUCUCAGCCAUGGCUGGAAGCGGCGGGAGCAAGCACGCCUCCAGGCAGGACGCGGCAGGCACAGAUUCCCCCAACAGGCAUUCCAAAGGGGAGCCUCCGUACUCCAGUCACUCCAGCAGCAACACCCUCUCCAGCAACGCAUCCAGCAACCACAGCGACGACCGCUGGUUGGACCCCCUGGACCCCCUGGAGCCAGAGCAAGACCCCCUCUCCAAGGGUGGCUCCAGCGACAGUGGCAUCGACACCACCCUCUACACCUCCAGCCCCAGCUGCGUGUCCCUGGCCAAGGUGCCUCGGCAGGCCAAGCCGCACAAGCCCCCGGGAAGCAUGGGCCUCUGUGGGGGCGGACGGGAGGCCGCCGGGCGGUCCCACCAUGCAGACAGACGGCGGGAGGUCUCGCCGGCCCCUGCAAUUGCUGGCCAGACCAAGGGCUACCGCCCAAAGUUGUACUCCUCAGGCUCCAGCACCCCGACAGGCCUGGCGGGGGGGAGCCGCGACCCACCCAGGCAGCCUAGUGACAUGAGCUCGCGGGUUGGCUACCCUGCUCAGGUUUACAAAACUGCCAGCACAGAGACUCCUCGACCCUCACAGCUGGCGCAGUCCAGCCCCUUCCAGCUCUCCGCCUCUGUCCCCAAGUCCUUCUUCUCCAAGCAGCCUGCACACAGUAAGCACCCCGGGGGGUGGAAGACGACAGACGAGCCCCCGCCACGGCCGCUCCCCUUCACUGACCCAAAGAAGCAGGUGGACACUAAUACAAAAAACGUCUUCGGGCAGCCACGGUUGAGGGCAUCCCUCCGAGACCUCCGCUCCCCACGGAAGAACUACAAAUCCACCAUUGAGGACGACCUGAAGAAACUCAUCAUCAUGGACAACCUGGCGCCUGAGCAGGAGAGAGAUGUGGGGUCACCGCAGAAGAGCCUGCAACGGACACUGUCCGAUGAGAGUCUGUGCAGUGGGCGGCGGGAGCCCAGCUUGGCCAACCCUGCCAGCCUGGAGCCGGGCCUGCCCAGCGACGUGCUCUUCACCAGCACCUGCGCCUUCCCCUCCAGCACUCUGCCCUCCCGCCGCCAGCACCAGCACCCCCACCCGCCCGGCAGUGGCAGCCCCAGCACUGGCCCUGCCACGGGCAGCGGCUUCCCAGAGAAGAAAUCCACCAUCUCUGCCUCGGAGCUCUCACUGGCCGACGGGCGGGACCGGCCACUGCGACGCCUUGACCCCGGGAUGAUGCCCCUGCCUGACACGGCUGCUGGCCUUGAGUGGUCCAGCCUCGUGAAUGCAGCCAAGGCCUACGAAGUGCAAAGAGCCGUCUCGCUUUUCUCUCUCAACGACCCAGCUCUGAGCCCGGAGGUCCCACCUGCACACAGUCCUGUCCACAGCCACCUGAGCCUGGAGAGGGGGCCCCCCACCCCCAGGACCACCCCUACCAUGAGCGAGGAGCCUCCCCUGGACCUGACAGGCAAGGUGUACCAGCUGGAGGUGAUGCUGAAGCAGCUGCAUACCGACCUCCAGAAGGAGAAGCAGGACAAGGCCGUGCUGCAGUCCGAGGUGGCCAGCCUGCGACAGAACAACCAGCGCUUGCAGGAGGAGUCACAGGCCGCCAGCGAGCAGCUGCGCAAGUUCGCUGAGAUCUUCUGCAGGGAGAAGAAGGAGCUCUGA